AUGCUUGACAAACUUAUCGGAGAGUACGGGCAUGGAUACGGCAAUGGGUACGGCCACAAGGAUCACAGAAGCAGCGGCUACGGCUUUGAGGAGCACAAGAAGUACGAGUCUCAUAUGGAGUCAGAAGGAGGCUACUUUGACCGUCAAGCCCGCUACGACCACCGCGUGAGGCUUCCAGCCAACCACGCCCGUCCACCCAUGGCUCACAUGCCACCCUGUGAUGAAGAAGACUCCGACUCAGAUGUAGAGGAGUUCUAUAAGAGUAGCCGAAGCCACCACACUACAGUGUUACCGCACCACGGCAAAAUCCACCACCAACAACCACCUCAUAUGAACUUCAUGCCCCCACCUCCGAUGUCUCGACCUCACCACAGUGGAAAGAUGGGUAAUGGAUGGCAGGGGAGGCAUGAAGAUGCAUACCUCGGUGGGCAUGGGAUGCAGCACCACGGUGAGCACGGGAUGCAGCACCACGGUGAGCACGGGAUGAAGCACCAGGACAGGCUUAUGGCUCCUCAGGUGUUACCACAUCAUGUCUACAUGAACCCAAACAGCGGAGGCGGCCACCACAAGGCCGGGUGGGGGAGUAAGGGCCUCUAA